CGCACCCCGUCCCCUCCCUUUGAUCCCCCCUUGCCGGCGCGGGCCUCGUUGUCAGUGGCGGUAAGCGGGCGGGCUGCAGCUCUCUCCUGCUGCCGGGCCGCCGAUAUCGAGAAGGUUCGCGGGCGUCGCCCGGGGCCGCGGGCUCUGGGACAGAAAUUUCUCCAAAAUAAAUAUUUAGAUACUUUCUGAAGGAACAUGUUAAACCAAAGAAAUUGAGAAGAUGGAAACUUUGUGGAAGCUUUCCUAGUUCCUUUAGCAGAUGGUACAAAAUGUAAGGAUUUUGAUAUAUUCUACAGUUGUUUAUGGCAUGAUUUGAGUUAAGUCUUGAAGAAACCAAAACAAGAUGGUGUUUACCGAUAACCACAGCCAUAUCUGACUGGGAGUUUUACUGACUGUGUGAGCGAGAGAUGCAGGUAAUUCGCAGGAAUGUCAUGCUUGUAAACAAGAUAAAAACUACUCUAUGGUCAGAGGUGUCAAGUCUGAACAAUGGCCUACUGAAGAUGUGUGGCAAAAUGGGUUGAAUGAGUGCAGAACUACUUUAUUCUUGCUGGUGGAGCUGAAAAUUGUUGCUUCUUGGUGCGAGCAUGUAUAAAAGGAAUGACUUCAUGGCCAAUGUGAUGGUCGCCUCUGCCACUCCAGAGGGUAGUAGCAGCUCAGAUUCUCUGGAAGGCCGAAGUUCAGAUUAUGCCAAUAAGAGUUAUGAUGCUGUUGUAUUUGAUGUAUUAAAAGUAACUCCUGAGGAGUUUGCUAGCCAAAUUACAUUAAUGGAUAUACCAGUAUUUAAAGCUAUACAGCCUGAGGAACUAGCCAGCUGUGGGUGGAAUAAGAAAGAAAAGCAUAUCCUUGCUCCAAAUAUUGUUGCCUUCACUAGGAGGUUUAACCAGGUCAGUUUCUGGGUUGUACGAGAAAUAUUAACAGCACAGACAUUAAAAAUAAGGGCAGAAAUACUGAGCCAUUUUGUGAAAACUGCUAAAAAGCUUCUAGAGCUGAAUAAUCUCCAUUCUCUUAUGUCUGUGGUGUCAGCACUGCAAAGUGCACCCAUCUUCAGACUGACCAAAACCUGGGCUCUUUUGAAUCGCAAAGAUAAGGCCACUUUUGAGAAGUUAGACUACUUACUUUCUAAAGAAGACAAUUAUAAAAGAACACGAGAGUACAUCAGAAGCUUAAAAAUGGUUCCAAGUAUUCCAUAUUUAGGAAUUUAUCUCUUCGACUUAAUCUACAUUGAUUCUGCAUAUCCUGCUUCAGGCAGCAUUAUGGAAAAUGAACAAAGAUCUAAUCAAAUGAACAAUAUUCUCCGAAUAAUAGCUGAUCUGCAAGUCUCCUGUAACUAUGAACAUCUUACAACACUACCCCAUGUACAGAAGUAUUUGAAGUCUGUCCGUUACAUCGAGGAACUUCAGAAAUUUGUGGAAGAUGACAAUUACAAAUUAUCAUUAAGAAUUGAGCCAGGUAACAGCUCUCCUCGACUGGUUUCCUCCAAAGAAGAUCUGACAGGUCCAGCUGAAGUGUCAGCAGUUAUGAAAUUCAGCAGGAGACCAACAUGUCCCGAUACCUCAGUAGCAGCAAGUCUGUCUACACCUCCUAUACCAAGGCAUAGGAAGAGUCACAGCCUGGGAAACAACAUGAUGUGUCAGUUCAGUGUGGUGGAGAGCAAAAGCGCCACUUUCCCGACAGAGAGGCCGCGCCACCUUCUGGAUGACAGCGUCCUGGAGUCACAGAGCCCGACCCGCAGCCACAUACUGAACUCGCUUUUCACCAAUGGCAUUUCCAUAGAUAGCAGUGAAAGCUCAGAAUUUAGUGAGGAGCUGCCGUCAGGGCUUGAAAGGGGCCGUUUAUAUGCCACACUGGGGCCGAAUUGGAGGGUGCCAAUCCGGAAUUCUCCCAGGAGUCGAAGCUGUAUCUACAGCCCAACAGGAGCCUGCAGCUGCACAUUAGGUAGUUCCAUGGGAGUAGUUACCAUGGAAGGCCCCUUAAGAAGGAAAACAUUGCUCAAAGAAGGCAAGAGACCUACUCUUUCUUCAUGGACUAGAUACUGGAUUAUGCUUUCAGGAUCAAAUCUUCUGUACUUUGGAGCAAAAUCUUUAAGAGGCAAUGAAAGAAAACAUUAUAAAUCUACACCUAGUAAAAAGAUAUCCAUUGUGGGCUGGAUGGUGGCACUGCCUGACGACCCUGAACAUCCUGAUAUUUUUCAGCUAAAUAACCCUGACAAAGGUAAUGUUUACAAGUUCCAGACUGGUUCAAGGUUUCAUGCAAUAUUAUGGCAUAAGCAUUUGGAUGAUGCGUGCAAAAGCAACAAGCCUCAGGCACCUGCUAAUCUAAUGUCAUUUGAAUAAUUUGCUCUUACCUGAUGUGACUUCAAGUGCCAAACUGAAGAAACAAGCUAUUGUUCUCUGAGGAAGAGGAGAAAAUAAUAGUUUUCCUGAUGUAAGCCAGCCACAACUACUUCAGCACUUUCGUGUGCUACUUGAAAGUGAUUCUGACACAGCUUUUAAAAGCAGAAAGUGAAUGUUGUCCUUAGAACCAGAUGUAGUCUCAUGCACUGAGUGGAAGUAGACCAGUUAGAUGGACAGAAGAUUAAUCCUGACUCCUGCAGGAUUCUAGAGUUUUCAACUUUCUGUGGUCGCAGACUGCCUCUGAACUGAUGUUUGACCACAAAGUGAGCAUCAUAUCUUCUGCCUAUCCUUUUUUAAAUUGCUCUUUUUAUUGUAAAGCUGCUUUAUGUGACUGAAGAACAUUUGGCCCAUGUUGGGUUUCAGUUCUUUCUAAUGCACAAAAUAAUUGACAGUGUUAACUUGCUGCAAAGUGUCAGUUAGGAUAGAAAAUUGUGGGACAACUUUUUUAUAACAUAAGUGCACUGAGUUGCUUUGCAAUGUGGCUGCCUCAGAUUUUAUAUAAAAUCUCUGGACAAUUCUUUUGUUCAAAUUUGAGCUAUGUGGUAAAAAUGUAUUUUGGCACAGAGCAGUCAUUUUUAUUUGGUUACAUUAUUCUGGAAUACCUUGACAAUGAAUUUGAGGUGUAUAGUUUUAAAUUUAAUGUUGUGUUAAAUGUCUUUUUUUGUUUUCUUACUAGCCAUAUAACUGUUACAGUUUGGUUUUUGUUUGUUUGUCUGUUUGUUUUUUAAAUCUGAAUAUUGUUCAUCGUAAAGGGAACUGCUAUUCCUUGAUACAGGGUAGCAGAUAAUCAGGUUGUAUGAUACACAUUGUGGUGACUCCUCAGAAUGACUUCAUAACAUUAUUUGCUGUUCUGUCUUUCUGUUGGUUACUCAGCCUCACUUAAUUCCAGUACGUGAUGAACUUUUGUGGCAUACAGUCAUGGUACUGCAUUUCUAAAAUCAUGAUGGCAAUGAAAGCUAGGCAAGACUGUCUGUUAGUGCUGCAGUUAUGCAGAAGCCUCUACAUUUACGCCCACAGAAUUUAAAAGGUAAAAACAGCAACAACCAGCCUUCUCAUUAUCUGAGCCUGUUCCUGUAAAGGAACUCUUCCUACACCCAUAGCUGUAUCCUGGCUGUGCCGUAGCACCAGUGUAGUCACAGCUCUUUUCUAUUCCCACGAUAAGUUCAGUGCUUUUUUGGUUAAAAACUCUUCUGCUGUAAGGCAUUACUAAUUAAACCUUGUUAAUUGUAGGAAGAGGAAAAUCUCGUCUGUGUUUCCUAAGACUGCAUGGAGGAGAGAUUUGCAAGCCAAGAUCUAGAUUACAGACCAUGAAAAACUGAAAGUCAAUUUCAACAAACAGAGCCUAUAUUAGA